UGAGGGGAGCGCCCGGCCGGGGCUGGGCAGCGGAGCGGUGGCGACGUCACUUCGGCUGUCGGUCGGUCGGUCAGUCGGGACUACGGGAGCGAAGAGAAACAGAUCAGCUCUACAAAACAAGAUGUAUUGGCAAAUCAUUCUUACCAUUCUUGUGCUGUUGGACUUCCUUCAAAUGGCAGUUGCCCAUUGUAUGGUCCAUGCAAUUCCUCCCAGGAACUUUACAUUACCCUGUGUGCUGCUGAAUGAGACAUCUUUGAGCCCUUUCUCUGCCAGAGUUGAGAGUUGGUUUGGUUUGAGGAGAGACCAUCGUAGGACAUCUGAAAUCAAACCUCUAAUGAAUGAAGAAAGUUUUCUGUGUUGCCUUUGGAGUGACAACAACAUUGAUUGUUCUUUGUACAGAGCAAGCCUGCAGGCAAGGAAGUUUAUUCCUUCAGAAAUAAAUAUCUCUGCUUCUCAAGAAAUAGGUUCAAACUGGAACAUGGAAUGUUGGAUUAAAGGCAAGCUGGACCUGUUAGUUUGUAACCUGCGGGUUUUGAGAUUGUACUUGAGAGAGGACUUGGAGGUUAAUCUUUUUUAUGCUGGCUCGGAGCUGUCCCUGGGAAAUGUGUCCACGAGCUCUCUGCAGGGGACUGUGAGGAUUGCUCAGUGUGAGUGCACUGAGGAUGACACAUGUGAGUGUCUUGUGCCCUCUCUGAGGCUCAACCACACCUACAUCAUGUGGCUGAAGGUGCUGGCUGGUGUGACACCUCUGUGGUCACCUUUGAUGUCAGUCAAGCCCGUUGACAUAGUAAAGCCUGAACCUCCUUUGAACCUGCAUCUGGAAAUGACAGAGAGAGGUCAGGUGAAGAUGUGCUGGUCUGAGCCUGCACUGCUGCCAUACCCUCUGCAGUACCAAGUGAGGAUCUCUGCAAAGCCAGGGCACAGCACUUGGCAGAUGGUUCAAGUUGCUCUGGAAGCCUCUCUGGCCAUUGAUAAUACCCUAUUUGAUUCCUCUUACUUGGUUCAAGUGAGGUGCAGGAAUCACCAGGGUCUGGGGUUCUGGAGUGACUGGAGCACACCAUAUGAUCUCAGUUUGGGAGCUGAAGUCCUGUACUUCCCUCCUCAGAUCCUGACCAGUGCUGGUUCUAAUGUUUCAUUUCACUGCAUCUAUAAAAACAAAAGCAAGAUUGUAGAGCCCCAGGAGGUUGUUUGGUGGCUGAAUUUAGCAGAAGAAAUCCCAGCCAGUCUUUAUACCCUUGUGAGCGAUCGCGUAAGCAAAGUUACUCUUUUCAACUUGAAAGCAACCAAACCUAGAGGAAGUUUCUUCUAUGACACAUUGUACUGUUGUCACCAAAGUAGGGAAUGUCAUCCUAGAUACGCUGAAUUAUAUGUAGUAGAUAUGAAUAUUAAUAUCACCUGUGAAACAGAUGGAUACUUGACUAAAAUGACUUGCAGUUGGUCUGCAGACCCAAACAUGUUACUACUCCCUGGGAGUUCCUUGCAGUUAAGAUACUACAGGAGCCAGAUUUAUUGUUCUGAGUUUCCAAGCCCAUCUCCAGAAUCAGAGGUGAAAGAAUGCCAUUUGCAGAAGAAUCAUUCCUACGAGUGCACAUUUCAGCCUAUUUUCCUUUUAUCUGGAUAUACUCUGUGGAUAGAGUUCAAGCACUUCCUAGGAACACUUGAAUCCUCCCCAGCCUGUGUCAUUCCAGCAGAUGUGGUGAAGCCGCUUCCCCCUUCCAAUAUCAGAGCAGAACUCACCAGGAAUGUGGGGCUGCUGAACGUGAGCUGGACAAACCCUGUGUUUACAAACAGUGAUCUGAAAUUCCAGAUCCGGUACGCAGUGAACAGGGAAGAGAUUCCAUGGGAGCUCUGUGAAGUCUCAAGCACCCCAAGCAGCUCAACUGUGAUAGAAGUUGAGCAGCUCUGUGUGGAGUACGUUGUCCAGGUGCGGUGCAGGGAGCUGGAUGGAUCCGGGUACUGGAGCGACUGGAGCAGACCAGCCCAAACACUUGUACAGGACAUCAGAGCUCCCUUGCAAGGCCCUGAAUUUUGGAGAAUCAUUACCGAAGAUCCAGCAAGGAGGCAGAAGAACGUUACGCUCGUGUGGAAGCCACUGAUGAAGAACCACUCGUUGUGCAGCGUGAGCCGAUACAUCAUAAAGCACCAGACACCAGGGAACACCUCCUGGGUGGAAUAUGUUGAUCAUGGCACCACCUGGUCUUUUCCAUGGACUGAGCACACUCACACCAUCACAGUUUUAGCCAUGAAUUCUGUUGGAGUUUCUUCAGUUAAUUUUAAUUUAACUCUCUCACAGCAAAUGAGCACAGUGGACGCCGUGCGGUCGCUGAGCGCUUACCCCGUGAACAGCACCUGUGUCAUUGUGGUCUGGACUCUCUCACCCCAAAUCUAUAUGAUAACAUCCUUUGUUAUUGAGUGGAAGAACCUUAACAAAGAAGAGGAGACAAAAUGGGUGCGAGUUCCUCCGAAUACGAGUAAAUAUUACAUUUAUGAUUACUUUAUUCUAAUUGAGAAGUACCAGUUCAGCCUGUACCCUGUGUUUGCUGGAGGAGUUGGCAGAGCCAGAGCAACGGAUCAGUUUAGCAAAGGUGGAUUUGAAAAUGAGAAAAAUGGCAGCCUCUCUGUGGUUCUGCCAAUAGUUAUUUCAACCUCUGUUUUGUUGCUGGGAGUGUUGCUGGUUUCACACCAAAGAAUGAAGAAGCUGCUUUGGGAGGAUGUUCCAAACCCCAAGAAUUGCUCGUGGGCACAAGAAGUUAAUUUUCAGCAGCCUGAAACUUUUGAGCAUCUUUUUACCAAGCACCCUGAAGCCACCUCAUUUGAACCUCUCCUAGAUGCAGAGAUAGUGCUGGAAGACAUCAGUGUCACCAAAGCCUCGGAAAAAGAAGACACACAAGAUUUUUUAGGAAUUGCUUCCACAUUUCCAAACCCCCAAGACUCUGAACGUGACUCUGCUUGCUCGAGCAGCCACUUCAACAGCAGCAGCUCCUCCCAGAGCUCCCAGGAGGUGCAGGGCAGUGGAGGAAUUGACCUCAAAUAUACGACUGUUGUCGGCAACUCCCGAUCCGAUGGGCUUUGCGAGUGGAAAAUGAAUCCAAGGAGUUGUUUUGAUCGAUGCUUCUUAGCAGAAGAUUCCACGGUUUCAGGUGCCUUCUCCAGUAGCACUUGGGAGGUGGGAAGUGGAGUGUUUCUGGUGUUCCCUGGCUCACCGGGCAGGCAGCCCAGCAAGACCCUGUCCCUUAUCUCUUCAGAGGGAUUUUCAGAGCCUUCCGACCACGACGAUGCUUUCACGGACAGUCUUGAGCGGAGCCUGUGUUACCUUGGGAUAACACCAUUGGAAAAAAGAGAAAAUGCUAUUUUUCUAACAGAAAGUUCUGAGAUGCUGUGUCAGUUCCAUACAAGGAAUCUGCUCACAGACACGGGAGUUCUUCAGCACACACCGACGGAUGUCCAUGGAUUUAUCCAAAGUAGCCUCAAGCCCAAAGCCAUGGUGCCAUAUGUGCCACAGUUUGGGAUGGCUGCUGCCAAAGGAAAGGAGGCCACAGAGAAAAACUCUGCUGUCAUCACACCAUAAUUUGAGACUACUAGUGGUUUUUUAGGUGUUGAUGCAUUCCCCUAUUCUUCCCUCUCCUGACUUCCUCCAGGAGCUCCCCUCUCUUGGAGCUGGGUUCUAUAUUUAAGUGCCAGGAUUUAAGUAGGAAAAAAUUCCAUUCCUUGACCUAAUUUUCAUAUGUGAGGCCUUCCUUUAGAGAUCUGAUUGUCCAAGUUACCUCAGGUACCAUGUUACCUAUUGCUGGUGCCUGUUAGAGGUGUUACAUCUGACAACUCCAGUGAAGAAUUGGACUUGAAAUCAGAUUGGGUGCUGUAGACAUUGAGGUGAGAGGCUUUGGGAGAUUCCCAAACACUCCUCAAGGGCUCAGAAGGAUUCAACACCAUCCACCAAAUGAACCCAAUGCCCUUCUUGUACAGUCACUGACUGUCCUUUUGUCCUGGUGUGGGUUCCAUCCAGUUCUGUAGCCUUGAGCUUCUCUCCAUUUCUUGUUGUCCAGCAGUUUUCCCCUGGGGAGAGCACGUGUAUUGGCAGCACAGACCCAUGCACAUGUCUUCUCUCUGUUUAGGAGUGAAGUGUCUCCUCAAACUGCAUUCAAAGAGCUUGUUCUGGUUUUAGGGUACACCUGGGGACCCCAAGGAUGAGGGAGCAAGGAGUGACCUAAUGUGUAGACUGAAAUAUUUAUAUGGGAGGUGGUUUUGUGGGGGGAAAGCUUGAAUGUGUCAUUUCACUGGGAAUGACUUGUGACACCAAGUUGAGCUGGAUGUGGUUGGAAGGAAGGGGUCAAGCAGUGAAAGGCUCAGGGAAGCCUCAAGAAGAGGAAGAGAAUAAAAAUUCUUAAGUUUCCAUUAAUCAUGGGUGUUACCUGGAUAAACUGAUGUUUGGAAGUUAAACAUCCACACUUUUGUUGUUGAACAUGAGAUUCCAGUACAAAUGGUACUACCAUAAAACUGACAUCUCUCCCAACCACUUUCCUAAGAUUCUGCAGUAGAAAAGACAGGAAUUUGAUCCAAGGACCCUGUAUUUUUGAUCUUGUGUGAGCUAACCUGUCUGUAUGGACUUGGAGAAGUCAGUUUGCCUCCACAACCCUGCUCCACUCAGCCAGAGAUCUCCAGGUGGGAGAAAAAUCAGGUCUUGGAGAAGUCAGUUCGCCUCCACAGCCCUACUCCAGUCAGUGGGAAAGCUCCAGGUGGGAGGAAAAUCAGGUCUUGCAUUCUGGCUGUAUUUUCUGGGAUAACCAGGUAAAAAAGCCCAUACCUAUUUGCAAGCCAAAUCUGUUGUUUUUGUGGGUUUUUUUUACUUCAUAGUUGGUAAAUAUUUUUGUACAUGUGCCUUUUCAGAGAACUAUUUUGAGGAGCUAAGAAGGAUGAAUUUAUUGUGUAUUCCAAAGCUAAAUCUCUGUAAAACUUAACAGAGGCAAAACCAAAAGGGCAAAACCCAGCGACAAUAGUAAAAACCAAAGGGAGUGUGAAUUUAAGACCAGCUUAACACAAAACCCAGCUGCUGGUUUUUUUGGACAAGCUGCUGACCUGGCUCUUGUGGGCUGCUUUGUUUCUGAUGUUGACUGUGAUGCAGAUCUGAUGUUCUGGUUUCAAAAAUAUUGUGUGUGGUGAGGGAUUAAAAGAUGUUUUCUGUUGAGGACCCCAAAACUUGCUUUCACUGUGAUUGGAGGCUGUGGGACAAACCUGCAGGUUCCUGCAGCAUUCCAGGGGUAAAGCUGUGACAAGCAUUGAGGGGAAUGCUGACUUAGGAUUUAUCUGAGAGAAGGAAUUCCCUCCUGCCGGCAUGGGAACUUGAUGUGGCACAACUCCAGGGUCCUGGGAAUGGGCUCGGCUGUUGGAUUCUGCCUCUCCAGGGGGUUUGUCCACCAGAUCCAACAUCCCCUGGAGUGUGAAGAUGUGGGAG